CUGGGCUGCGCCAUUGAGGAGCGGCGGAGAGGAAGCGCCGCGCAGUGCCGGGCUGGGGCGGGCGCCGGACACCGACAGAUUCUUCCGUGACCAUGAGAGAGAGAAAAGUAUGAUCCAUGAUUUUUAAGCACCUUUUCCUGAGGACAUAGUCAUGUUGGAAGGUCUUGUAGCCUGGGUUCUCAAUACCUAUUUGGGGAAAUAUGUCAACAACCUGAACACUGACCAGCUCUCUGUCGCGCUUCUCAAAGGUGCUGUUGAAUUAGAAAACCUGCCACUAAAAAAGGAUGCCUUGAAAGAACUGGAAUUGCCAUUUGAGGUCAAAGCUGGCUUCAUUGGAAAAGUGACCCUUCAGAUCCCCUUUUACCGCCCGCAUGUGGACCCUUGGGUGAUCUCUAUCUCCAGCCUCCACUUAAUUGGAGCACCUGAGAAAAUCCAGGAUUUCAAUGAUGAAAAGGAGAAGCUGUUGGAAAGGGAACGCAAGAAAGCGCUCCUUCAAGCCCUGGAGGAGAGAUGGAAGAAUGAGCGCCAGCAGAAAGGGGAGUCCUAUUGGUAUUCAGUUACUGCCUCAGUCGUUACGAGAAUCGUGGAGAACAUCGAAUUAAAAAUUCAAGAUGUCCAUUUACGUUUCGAAGAUGGUGUCACCAGUCCGUCCCACCCUUUUGCAUUUGGCAUCUGCAUUAAGAAUGUAUCCGUGCAAAACGCUGUGAAUGAGCCUGUACAGAAACUAAUGCGGAAAAAGCAAUUAGACGUGGCUGAGUUUAGCAUCUACUGGGAUGUCGAUUGCACUUUAUUGGGGGAUUUGCCUCAGGUGGAGUUGCAGGAGGCCAUGGCCAGGAGCAUGGAGAGUCGCAGUCACCACUACGUCCUGGAGCCUGUGUGUGCGUCUGCUCUCUUGAAGAGAAACUGUUCCAAGGAGCCUCUGAGGUCCCGGCACAGUCCUCGAAUUGAAUGUGAUAUUCAGCUAGAAACCAUUCCCCUGAAGCUGUCUCAGCUGCAGUACCGGCAAAUCAUGGGAUUUCUCAAGGAGUUGGAGCGGAAAGAGAGGCAGGUGAAGUUCCGAAAGUGGAAACCAAAAGUGGCCGUAUCCAAGAGCUGCCGAGAGUGGUGGUAUUUUGCUCUGAAUGCUAACUUGUAUGAGAUCAGAGAGCAGAGGAGGCGCUGUACCUGGGAUUUCAUGCUGCACCGCGCCCGUGAUGCUGUGUUUUACACUGACAAAUAUUUCAGCAAGUUAAAAGGAGGCCUACUGUCUGCUGAAGACAAGGAGGAAAUGUGUCGGAUAGAGGAGGAACAGAGCUUUGAGGAACUGAAGAUUCUGCGCGAACUGGUUCAUGAUCGAUUUUAUAAGCAAGAAGAACUAGCAGAGAGUCUACGAGAGCCUCAGUUUGAUUCCCCAGGAAGCUCUCCUGGAGACCCAGAGGCCAGCGGAGGCAGUGGGAUGCUGCAGUACCUUCAGUCCUGGUUUCCUGGUUGGGGUGGCUGGUAUGGGCAGCAGACCCCUGAGGGGAGAACGGUGGAAGGAUUGCCGGCAGAGCAGCAUGAGCAGUGGACCCCCGAGGAGAUCCUAGGCACCGAGGAGUUUUUUGACCCCACUGCAGACGCCUCGUGCAUGAACACAUACACGAAGCGAGAUCACGUCUUUGCUAAACUGAAUUUGCAGUUGCAGCGAGGCACGGUGACCCUGCUACAUAAGGAGCAGGGAGCUCCUCAGACGAAUGAAAGUGCGUUCAUGCAGCUCGAGUUCUCAGAUGUAAAACUUCUAGCAGAAUCUCUUCCUCGAAGAAAUUCUUCCUUGCUUUUAGUCCGGUUGGGUGGACUGUUUCUCCGAGACCUGGCUACAGAAGGAACCAUGUUUCCUCUUCUGGUCUUCCCUAAUCCACAAAAAGAAGUUGGCAGAGUCUCCCAGUCUUUUGGUCUCCAGACCACAUCUUCAGACAGAAGUGAUCAAUACCCUGCUGCAGACCCAGACGACCCAGUUUUUGAGAUGCUGUAUGAGAGAAAUCCAGUACACAGUCAUUUUGAGAGGCGGCUGAAUGUCAGCACCAGGCCUUUGAACAUCAUAUAUAACCCCCAGGCUAUUAAAAAAGUAGCAGACUUUUUCUACAAGGGAAAGGUUCAUACCUCAGGUUUUGGUUAUCAGUCAGAACUUGAGCUAAGAGUCGCUGAAGCUGCCCGAAGGCAGUACAACAAGCUGAAGAUGCAGACUAAGGCGGAGAUCCGACAGACCCUUGAUCGCUUGCUGGUGGGGGAUUUCAUAGAGGAAAGUAAACGGUGGACAGUGCGACUAGAUAUUUCUGCUCCUCAGGUGAUAUUUCCUGAUGAUUUCAAGUUCAAGAAUCCUGUGUUGGUUGUUGUGGAUCUGGGAAGAAUGCUGUUGACAAAUUCCCAAGAUGACUCCAAGAGGAAAAGUGGGGACGGGUCGGCCUCUGAGGAGACUCAGUUCAGUGACGAUGAGUACAAGACCCCUCUGGCCACACCUCCCAACUCCCCGCCUCCCGAGACAAGCAGCAGCAAUGGGGAGAACACGCCUCCUUUUCCUGGAGUGGAGAUCAGUGAGGAGCAGCUGCAGGCACAUUUAAUGAACACAAAGAUGUAUGAGAGGUACACCCUGUCCUUCAUGGACCUGCAGAUCAUGGUCGGGCGAGUGAAGGACAACUGGAAGCAUGUCCAGGAUAUCGACGUGGGACCCACCCAUGUGGUGGAGAAGUUCAACGUUCACCUGCAGCUAGAACGGCGACUGAUUUACACUUCGGAUCCCAAGUACCCAGGGGCUGUGCUCUCAGGCAACUUGCCAGACUUAAAAAUCCACAUCAAUGAGGAUAAGAUAUCUGCUCUGAAGAAUUGCUUUGCUCUCCUUACCACCCCAGAAAUGAAGACAUCUGACACUCAGAUUAAAGAGAAGAUUUUCCCCCAAGAUGGACAGCGGGGAAGUUUGCAGGACUCGGUAAUGAACUUGACCCAGAGCAUCGUGAUGCUGGAGCAGCAUACCCGGGAGGUUCUGGUGGAGUCACAGCUGCUUCUGGCUGAGUUUAAGGUUAACUGUAUGCAGCUUGGUGUUGAGAGCAAUGGCAGGUACAUUUCCGUGCUCAAGGUAUUUGGUACCAACGCUCACUUUGUGAAGAGGCCUUAUGAUGCUGAAGUCUCGCUCACUGUUCAUGGUUUGCUCCUGGUGGACACCAUGCAGACCUUUGGUGCUGAUUUUGACCUUUUGAUGGCUUCACAUAAGAACUUGAGUUUUGAUAUUCCAACAGGAAGCCUCCGGGAUAGCAGGGCACAGUCUCCUGUCUCUGGACCUAAUGUGGCUUACUUAACUGAUGUAGCCACCCUGAAUGACCGAUCUGCCACUAGUGUUUCAAUUGACAAAAUUCUCACCAAAGAACAAGAGUCUCUCAUUAAAUUGGAGUACCAGUUUGUGAGUUCAGAGUGCCCAUCAAUGAACUUAGACAGCACUCUUCAGGUGAUUUCAUUACAGGUGAAUAAUUUGGAUAUUAUCCUAAAUCCAGAGACAAUUGUGGAGCUGAUUGGUUUUCUUCAAAAAUCCUUCCCCAAGGAGAAAGACGAUUUGAGCCCUCAGCCUUUAAUGACUGAUUUUGAAAGAAACUUUAGCGAACAAGGGACUUACCAAUCCACAUAUGAACAAAACACCGAGGUGGCAGUGGAAAUCCACAGACUUAACUUAUUGCUCCUCCGGACAGUGGGAAUGGCAAACGGAGAGAAGCAUGGCAGGAAAAUCGCCACUGCAAGUGUAGGCGGCACCAAAGUCAACGUCUCGAUGGGGAGCACGUUCGAUGUGAACGGUUCUCUUGGCUGUUUACAACUCAUGGAUUUGACACAAGAUAAUGUUAAGAACCAGUAUGUUGUCAGCAUUGGGACUUCUGCAGGCUAUGAAAAUAUUGUCAGUGACAUUGGCUACUUUGAAUCCGUAUUUGUCAGAAUGGAAGAUGCAGCCCUUACUGAAGCAUUGAGUUUCACAUUUAUUGAGAAAUCUAAACAGGAGUGUAUCCUCAACCUGAAGAUGGCUUCCUUGCAUUAUAACCACUCUGCCAAAUUCCUGAAGGAGUUGACAUUAUCCAUGGAUGAACUGGAAGAGAAUUUUCGAAGUAUGCUGAAGAGUGCAGCCACCAAAGUCACCACAGUGUUAGCUACCAAGACUGCCGAGUACAGCGAGAUGGUGUCGCUCUUUGAGACUCCCAGGAAGUCCCGGGAACCCUUUAUCUUAGAGGAAAAUGAAAUAUAUGGGUUUGGCCUAUCUUCGUGUCAUUCGGACACUGUAAAGCUAAUCCUGAACAUCAACAUCGAAUCUCCAGUUGUUUCUAUCCCUCGGAAGCCAGGGAGUCCCGAGUUGUUGGUAGGACACCUGGGACAGAUAUUCAUCCAGAAUUUUGUGGCAGGAGAUGAUGAGUCCAGAAGUGACCGUCUGCAGGUGGAAAUCAAAGACAUUAAACUGUAUUCUUUGAAUUGCACCCAACUGGCAGGCAGAGAAGGUGCUGGGGCUGAAGUCAAUCGGACGUUUUGUCCACCCUCUGGCUCUGCCAGUGCCAAUAGUCAGGAGGAAGCUCAUUUCACUCGACAUGAUUUCUUUGAAUCUCUGCAUAGAGGUCAAGCUUUUCAUAUCUUGAACAACACCACCAUUCAGUUUAAACUGGAAAAGAUCCCGGUUGAGAGAGAGUCUGAACUGACUUUCUCCCUUAGUCCGGAUGACCUGGGGACGUCCAGCAUCAUGAAGAUUGAAGGAAAGUUCGUCAAUCCAGUUCAGGUGGUGUUAGCCAAGCACGUGUAUGAGCAGGUUUUACAAACGCUGGACAACCUUGUGUACAGCGAAGAUCCGAAUAAGUUUCCAGCCAGCGCCGCCGCCGCCUCUUGCCCCAGCUCUCCUCUGCCUGCCCUCAGCGCUUGCGGAGAGCCUUCCCUGGAGCGGAAGGAGAACGGGUUGUUCAGCCACUCCAGCCUUUCCAGCACCUCUCAGAAGUCCUGGUCUGUGAAAGAAGCCAAGGCCUUUACUCAGAUUCAAGCCAACUUUUGCAUAUCAGAGCUUCAAGUUCAGCUAAGUGGGGAUCUCACUUUGGGGGCCCAGGGUCUGGUGAGCUUAAGGUUUCAGGACUUUGAGGUGGAAUUCAGUAAAGACCAUCCUCAGACCUUGUCCAUUCAGAUUGCCCUGCGGUCCCUGCUGAUGGAGGACUUACUGGAGAAAAAUCCAGACUCCAAGUACAAGAACCUGAUGGUGUCCCGAGGUGCUCCCAAGCCAUCUAGCUUAGCACAGAAAGAGUACCUUUCCCAGUCUUGCCCUUCAGUGUCCAACGUGGAGUACCCUGAUAUGCCUCGCUCGCUCCCUUCCCACAUGGAGGAAGCGCCUAAUGUCUUUCAGUUGUAUCAGCGACCCACCUCUGCCUCCCGGAAGAAACAAAAGGAAGUCCAGGACAAGGACUACCCCUUGACCCCACCUCCUUCUCCAACGGUAGACGAGCCCAAGGUUCUUACAGGAAAGAGUAAAUUUGAUGAUUCCUUGGUUCACAUCAAUAUUUUCUUGGUGGAUAAGAAACAUCCAGAAUUCUCUUCCAUUUACAAUCGAGUUAACCGGAGCAUUGAUGUUGAUUUUAACUGCUUGGAUGUUCUGAUCACAUUGCAAACCUGGGUUGUGAUAUUAGAUUUUUUUGGAAUUGGAUCCACUGCAGACAACCAUGCAAUGAAGUUGCCGCCUGAGGACGUUCUGCAAAAUGUCAAGUUAGAAUCCAGUGCCUUAACAGAAUCUGAACUUCAGGAUCCGGUCAACACCAAGCUGGAUCUCAAGGUUCACUCACUCUCUCUUGUGUUGAAUAAAACCACCAGUGAGCUCGCUAAAGCCAAUGUGUCUAAAUUAGUAGCACACCUGGAAAUGAUUGAGGGAGACCUGGCCUUGCAGGGAAGCAUCGGGAGCCUGUCUCUGAGCGACCUCACCCCGCAUGGCGAGCUCUACAGGGAGCGGUUCACCACGAGUGGGGAGGAGGCCCUUAUCUUCCAGACUUUCAAAUACGGGCAGCCUGACCCUCUGCUGCGGAGAGAGCACGACGUUCGCGUGAGCCUGCAGAUGGCCUCUGUGCAGUAUGUGCACACGCAGCGCUUCCAGGCGGAGGUGCUGGCCUUCAUCCAGCACUUCACGCAGCUGCAGGAUGUCUUGGGGCGCCAGCGAGCUGCUGUCGAGGGCCAGACGGUGAGAGAUCAAGCCCAGCGCUGUUCUCGGGUUCUCCUGGAUAUUGAGGCUGGAGCUCCUGUUCUUCUCAUCCCAGAAAGUUCCAGAUCAAAUAAACUGAUUGUAGCAAAUUUGGGGAAGUUGAAAGUCAAGAACAAGUUUCUCUUUGCCGGUUAUCCUGGGACCUUUUCCUUACAAGAUAAGGAAUCAGUGCCUUCAGCCUCCCCCGCUUCUCCAGCGGGCACUCCCAAGCACAGCACGAGGAAGAUGACAAGCACAGAGGACCUCAAGGGGCCGCAUUCCCAGGGGCUGCUCGCGAUGCCUCCUGCUGGAGUGGGCCUUGGCAGCCUGAAGAGUGAGUUUGUGCCCAGUGUCCUCACCAAGCAGCGAGGGCAGCAAGCCACACCUUCUGUCAGCCACGGUUCCAGUAGUCCAGGCCCAGACCCUUUUGGAUUCUGUUUGCUUCAUGCUCUUUCCUGGGUCCUUGCAGAAGACCACGUCUGCCUGCUGGACUGCGUUGUUGUGGACCUGCAGGACAUGGACCUCUUCGCCGCAGAACGUUGUCCACGGGAGUACUCUCAAACCUCGGAGGACAGGAGUGGAGAUCUGAUCUUCCCCUCCUAUUUUGUGCGACAGACGGGAGGGAGCCUCUUGGCGGAGCCUUGUAGGCUGAAAUUGCAAGUGGAAAGAAAUUUGGACAAAGAAAUAAGUCAUACUGUUCCAGACAUAUCUAUCCACGGCAGUCUCUCCUCAGUCCACUGCUCACUGGAUUUGUAUAAAUACAAGCUGAUCCGAGGCUUAUUGGAGAACAACCUUGGAGAACCCAUAGAGGAAUUUAUGCGGCCUUAUGAUUUACAAGAUCCAAGAAUCCACACCGUACUGAGUGGAGAAGUGUACACUUGCAUGUGCUUCCUCAUUGACAUGGUAAAUGUAAGCCUGGAGCUUAAAGAUCCAAAAGGAAAAGAGAGUGCUGGGUCCCUGGCCAGAUUUGACUUCAAGAAAUGUAAACUGCUCUAUGAGAGUUUUUCCAAUCAAACCAAGUCUGUUAACUUGGUUUCUCAUUCCAUGAUGGCCUUUGACACCCGCUGUGCCGGGCAGAAGGCCAGCCCUGGCAUGAGCAAUGUGUUCACCUGCAUUUUUCAGCCUUCCAAGAACAGCAGUACUACCCAAGGCUCUAUUCAGAUUGAACUUCAUUUCAGGUCUACAAAAGAUUCCUCCUGCUUCACAGUAGUUCUCAACAAUCUCCGCGUGUUUCUCAUAUUUGACUGGCUGCUGUUGGUCCAUGAUUUUCUCCACACUCCCAGUGAUAUUAAAAAACAAAAUGUUACUCCUUCUCGCCACCGUAACUCCAGCAGUGAAUCUGCUGUGGUUCCUAAAACUGUCAAGAGUGGAGUGGUCACCAAGCGGUCUUCUCUUCCUGUGUCCAACGAAAGGCACCUGGAGGUCAAGAUCAACGUGACAGGGACAGAGUUUGUGGUCGUUGAGGAUGUGUCCUGCUUCGACACCAACGCCAUUAUUCUGAAAGGCACCACAGUGCUCACCUAUAAGCCCCGCUUUGUGGAUCGUCCCUUUUCAGGAAGUUUGUUUGGCAUCGAGGUCUUUUCCUGCCGGCUGGGGAACGAGCAGGAUACAGCUCUUUCCAUUGUUGACCCAGUACAAAUUCAGGUGGAGCUGGUGGGGAAUUCUUCUUACCAGAAUAGCUCUGGACUGAUGGAUGCAUUCAACAGUGAAGACUUUCCACCUGUCCUCGAGAUUCAGUUACAAGCCUUGGACAUCAGGCUCUCCUAUAACGAUGUCCAGCUGUUUCUUGCCAUUGCAAAAUCCAUCCCAGAGCAAGCUAAUGCUGCAGUGCCGGACUCAGUGGCCAUGGAGGCAGGAUCCAUUGGCAGCUACCUUCCAGGUGCAUCGCGCCUUGGAGAAGAGACCAGAGAUGCAACGAGACAUACCAUAGACCCUGUCUUGGAGCUGCAGCUGGCUCGACUGCAGGAGCUGGGCUUCAGCAUGGAUGACUGCCGCAAAGCUCUUCUGGUGUGUCAAGGCCAACUGAAAAAGGCAGCAAGUUGGUUGUUCAAGAACGCAGAGCCUCUGAGGUCUCUUUCCCUGGCCCCCAGCAGCCGCGAGGGCCCUGGGGCUGUGCCCACCCCAAGGAUCUCCGGGGUAGAGAUCAAGGCCGAGAGUGUGUGCAUCUGCUUCAUCGAUGACUGCAUGGACUGCGAUGUCCCUCUGGCCGAGCUCACCUUCUCCCGUCUGAAUUUUCUCCAGCAUGUGAGAACCAGCCCCGAAGGCUAUGCCCACUUCACCCUUUCUGGAGAUUACUACAACCGUGCUCUGUCAGGCUGGGAGCCAUUCAUCGAGCCAUGGCCUUGCUCUGUAUCCUGGCAACAGCAGGCAGCUAGUCGUCUGCAUCCUCCUCGACUAAAGCUGGAGGCCAAGGCCAAACCCCGUUUGGAUAUCAACAUCACUUCUGUCCUAAUUGACCAGUAUGUAAGUACCAAGGAAUCAUGGAUGGCAGACUACUGUAAAGAAGACAAGGAGAUAGAUUCAACCCAGUCAGAAGACUGGGUGGGCUCUUCAGUGGACCCUCCGAGCUUUGGACAAAGCCUCCCCCUUGUCUACCUUAGAACUAGGAGUACAGCCAGCCUGACUAACCUAGAGCACCAGAUCUAUGCUAGAGCAGAGGUGAAAACUCCCAAACGCCGGCAGCCAUUUGUCCCCUUUGCUCUGAGGAACCACACGGGGUGCACUUUGUGGUUUGCCACACUGACCACGACGCCCACCAGGGCGGCGCUGUCCCACAGUGGGAGUCCAGGUGUGGUCCCAGAAGGGAACGGAGCAUUUCUGGAUGAUGCGCACAAGGUCAGUGAGUGGCGAGAAGUCCUCACGGGUGAAGAGAUUCCCUUUGAAUUUGAAGCCAGAGGAAAGUUAAGACACAGACACACCCAUGACCUGCGGAUUCACCAGCUGCAAGUGAGAGUGAACGGCUGGGAGCAGGUGAGCCCGGUGUCUGUGGACAAAGUUGGGACUUUUUUCCGAUAUGCUGCACCAGAUAAAAAUUCAUCUUCCUCCACGAUUGGCAGCCCGAGCAGCAGAACAAAUAUUAUUCAUCCCCAGGUUUAUUUCUCUUCGCUGCCGCCUGUGCGGGUGGUCUUCGCCGUGACCAUGGAAGGCAGCGCUCGGAAGGUCAUCACCGUGCGUUCCGCCCUCAUCGUGAGGAACAGACUGGAGACGCCCAUGGAGCUGCGGCUGGACAGCCCGUCGGCCCCCGACAAGCCGGUGCUGCUGCCCGCCAUCAUGCCGGGGGCCUCCUUCGCGGUACCUCUACACCUCACUUCUUGGCGGCUGCAGGCGCGGCCCAAAGGGUUGGGCGUCUUUUUCUGUAAGGCUCCCAUCCACUGGACCAGCGUGGUGAAGGCUGCAGAGGUGAGCAGCAGCAAGCGCGAGUGCCACUCCAUGGACACGGAGAAGAGCCGCUUCUUCAGGUUUUGUGUGGCUAUAAAGAAAGAGAAUUAUCCAGAUUACAUGCCCUCAAACAUAUUUUCUGACAGUGCAAAACAGAUUUUCAGACAGCCAGGGCAUACCAUAUAUCUUCUGCCAACUGUGGUAAUCUGCAAUUUGCUGCCUUGUGAGCUUGACUUCUACGUCAAAGGAAUGCCAAUUAAUGGAACCCUGAAGCCUGGAAGAGAGGUGGCCCUCCACACUGCCGACACAUCCCAGAACGUGGAGCUGGGGGUGUCACUGGAGAACUUUCCCCUCUGUAAAGAAUUGCUCAUUCCACCUGGGACCCAAAACUAUAUGGUGAGAAUGCGACUCUAUGACAUCAACCGGCGGCAGCUGAACCUCACCAUCCGGAUUGUGUGUCGAGCUGAAGGAUCCUUAAAGAUCUUCAUUUCCGCUCCAUAUUGGCUCAUUAACAAAACAGGGUUACCACUGAUCUUCAGACAGGACAAUGCAAAGACAGAUGCUGCAGGCCAGUUUGAGGAACAUGAGUUGGCACGGAGCCUGAGCCCUCUCUUAUUCUGCUAUGCUGACAAAGAGCAGCCAAACCUCUGCACGAUGAGAAUCGGAAAGGGGAUUCAUCCCGAAGGCAUGCCGGGCUGGUGUCAGGGCUUCUCCCUGGAUGGUGGUAGUGGUGUCCGAGCUUUGAAAGUCAUCCAGCAAGGAAAUCGCCCAGGGCUGAUCUAUAACAUUGGUAUUGAUGUCAAGAAGGGCCGAGGUCGAUACAUUGACACCUGUAUGGUCAUCUUUGCCCCCCGUUACCUGUUAGAUAAUAAAUCAUCUCACAAGCUUGCAUUUGCCCAAAGGGAAUUUGCCAGGGGACAGGGAACAGCCAAUCCUGAAGGUUACAUCUCCACACUUCCUGGCUCCAGUGUGGUGUUCCACUGGCCUCGCAAUGACUAUGAUCAGCUCUUGUGUGUCAGGUUGAUGGAUGUUCCCAACUGUAUUUGGUCUGGAGGUUUUGAAGUCAACAAGAACAAUUCCUUCCAUAUCAAUAUGAGGGAUACCCUGGGGAAAUGCUUCUUCCUGCGAGUCGAGAUUACUCUCCGAGGAGCCACGUAUCGAAUCUCCUUCAGUGACACAGAUCAGUUACCCCCUCCUUUCCGAAUUGACAACUUUUCUAAGGUCCCCGUUGUCUUCACACAGCAUGGCGUUGCUGAACCCAGGCUCCGAACUGAAGUAAAGCCCAUGACUUCCUUGGACUAUGCCUGGGACGAACCCACCCUGCCACCAUUCAUCACGCUAACCGUGAAGGGGGCUGGCUCCUCAGAGAUCAGCUGCAACAUGAAUGAUUUCCAGGAUAACCGACAGCUUUAUUAUGAAAAUUUCAUUUACAUUGCUGCUACAUAUACAUUCUCUGGUUUGCAGGAGGGGACAGGAAGGCCUGGGUCUUCCAACAAGGCCAUCACCUGUGCGGAGCUCGUCUUGGAUGUCUCACCAAAGACGCAGCGAGUCAUCUUAAAGAAGAAGGAACCAGGGAAGCGUUCUCAGCUCUGGAGGAUGACGGGGACUGGAAUGCUGGCCCAUGAAGGCUCCUCUGUGCCUCACAACCCCAACAGGCCCUCGGCCACCCGCUCCACCGAGGGCUCUGCCAUCCUGGACAUCGCUGGUCUCGCUGCUGUAACUGACAACAGAUAUGAGCCGCUGAUGCUGAGGAAGCCCGACCGCAGGCGAAGCACGACUCAGACGUGGAGUUUCCGAGAAGGAAAACUGACCUGUGGCUUGCAUGGGUUGGUGGUCCAGGCCAAAGGAGGACUUUCUGGAUUGUUUGAUGGAGCUGAAGUUGUUCUUGGUCCUGACACAUCUGUGGAACUUUUGGGGCCAGUUCCACCUGAGCAACAAUUUAUUAACCACAAAAUGAGACCUGGUUCUGGAAUGUUAUCCAUCAGAGUCAUCCCAGAUGGACCGACCAGAGCACUCCAGAUAACAGAUUUCUGCCAGCGGAAAAGUGACCGCUCAUCGUGUGAGGUGGAUGAACUUCCUGUCACUGAACAGGAGCUACAGAAACUAAGGAAUCCAGAUACAGAGCAGGAAUUAGAAGUGCUUGUGAGGUUAGAAGGUGGAAUUGGUGUGUCCUUAAUCAAUAAAGUCCCAGAAGAACUUGUCUUUGCAAGUCUUACGGGAAUCAAUGUCCACUAUACACAGCUGGCAACAAGUCACAUGCUUGAACUCAGCAUACAGGAUGUACAGGUGGACAAUCAGCUCAUUGGCACCACUCAGCCCUUCAUGCUCUAUGUGACUCCCCUGAGCAACGAGAACGAGGUCAUCGAGACUGGCCCUUCGGUGCAGGUCAACGCGGUGAAGUUCCCCAGUAAGAGUGCGCUGACCAACAUCUACAAGCAUCUGAUGGUCACAGCCCAGAGGUUCACAGUACAAAUCGAGGAGAAACUUCUUCUCAAGCUGCUAAGUUUCUUUGGCUAUGACCAGGCAGAAUCAGAGGUGGAAAAAUAUGACGAAAACCUUCAUGAAAAGACAGUCGAGCAGAGCGGAACGCCAAUCCGGUACUACUUUGAAAACCUCAAGAUCAGCAUCCCCCAGAUCAAGCUGAGCGUGUUCACGUCCAACAAACUGCCUCUGGACCUUAAGGCCCUUAAAAGUACCUUGGGAUUCCCGCUGAUUCGAUUUGAAGAUGCCGUGAUUAAUCUAGACCCCUUCACUCGGGUACAUCCCUACGAGACCAAGGAGUUCAUCAUCAACGACAUCCUCAAGCAUUUCCAGGAGGAACUCCUCAGCCAGGCAGCUCGAAUCCUGGGAUCGGUGGAUUUUCUUGGCAACCCCAUGGGGCUUUUGAAUGAUGUUUCUGAAGGAGUUACUGGACUGAUAAAGUACGGAAACGUUGGGGGCCUUAUCAGAAAUGUCACACAUGGGGUGUCGAACUCUGCUGCCAAGUUUGCGGGGACGUUAUCAGAUGGCUUGGGGAAGACCAUGGACAGUCGGCAUCAGUCAGAGAGGGAGUACAUCCGGUACCACGCCGCCACAAGCGGGGAGCACCUGGUGGCCGGCAUCCACGGCCUGGCUCACGGUAUCAUUGGAGGCCUGACCAGUGUCAUAACCUCCACGGUGGAAGGUGUGAAAACUGAAGGGGGCGUCAGCGGUUUCAUUUCUGGCCUCGGGAAAGGGCUCGUUGGCACUGUGACCAAGCCAGUGGCAGGCGCCCUGGAUUUUGCAUCUGAAACAGCCCAGGCGGUGAGAGACACAGCCACGCUCAGUGGCCCCAGGACCCAAGCACAGAGGGUUCGGAAACCACGUUGCUGCACAGGACCCCAGGGGCUGCUUCCCCGCUAUUCUGAGAGCCAGGCAGAAGGACAGGAGCAGCUCUUCAAGCUAACAGACAACAUCCAAGACGAGUUCUUCAUAGCCGUGGAGAACAUCGACAGCUACUGCGUGCUCAUCUCCUCCAAAGCCGUCUACUUCCUCAAGAGCGGAGACUACGUUGACCGAGAGGCCAUUUUCCUCGAGGUCAAAUACGACGACCUCUACCACUGCCUCGUCUCCAAGGACCACGGCAAGGUGUACGUGCAGGUGACCAAGAAAGCGGCCAGCACCAGCAGCGGGGUGUCCAUCCCAGGCCCGUCCCACCAGAAGCCGAUGGUCCAUGUGAAGUCUGAGGUCCUUGCUGUCAAGUUAUCACAAGAAAUAAACUAUGCAAAGAGUCUUUACUAUGAACAGCAGCUUAUGUUAAGACUCAGUGAAAACCAGGAGCAGUUGGAGCUGGACUCCUGAGAGGCCCCAGCUGCUGGAGGGACGCUCCCAGACACAGACCUGGCCACCUGGAGGACGGAUGCCUGUGUCCUCGGCUCAGAUCAGAGAGGAACCAGAAGAAGGUCUGGGGGAAGAUAUCGAGGAACAAGGGAAAGGAAGCCCUCGUGGGAGAGAUACAAAUGGAAGCCGUAUUAGUUUGUGGGCGGGGAGUUACUUGAGAUUAUGGGGAAGUAAUUUUUAAAAGGUAUCGAUUGAAUAACGUUAAAAAAACAAGUACUGAGGUGAAUCUAAUUUUUAAAUUGCCCUAUAUCUUGUUAACAUGUAUAUAUGUACAACUGUGUCUGUAAAUACACAGGAGCUUCCGAGCAGGGCUGUGCGUGCCUGAAGGUCUGUCACCUGUCACGUAACAAAUGCACAGGCUCUUCUCUCGCACUCUUCUCCACACCUCACCCAGGCGCUCUCUGGAGAAAGGCUUUCUUGACCCCGAGGAGUGUCAUGUCUGAGCUCUGCACAGGCGGCGAGCGAGUCGCAGUGAGGCCUGAGCAUUAGGAGUGAGGCCUUGGCAGUGUCCGGCUGCCCCAGAGGGAGCCGCGAGCAGAGAAGGCCACGGAGAGCUCCCGGUGGCCCAUCUCUGUCGUCACACUGUUCCGCAGAGGCUGCUUAGGCGUCCCCAUGAUGUUCUGAUCUGUCCCCUUAGUUUUCCCUGCCCGGUCGCCCACCAGGAGGUGACGCUGUCCUCGGUUGCCACGCACACACGCACAUCGCACUCUUAAGUUCUUCUCGCUGUUUUUAGAGAAGUUCGAAAUAUCCGUAGGCUCUGCGGAUAAGAAGGCCGCAUCACAGCCCCGGGGGACCUGGAUGGUGACUCCAGGAUGGGGAGGAAGGAGAAGAGGGUUUUAGGGAAGAGAGUGAGAUGCGAGCGUUGAGAGGACUGGCCGGGGCGUGUCCUGCCCUUGGUUUGAACCCCCGCCUGGUCCCCGUGUGGGCUCUUCCUGGCUCUCGGUUUCUGUAAGGAAAAAGGGAAAGGCCUCACUCUACAAGGAAGGACUCUCCUGUGACUUUAGAUUUUUUAUUUUAGUAAAGCUAAUCAGUUUCUUCGACUUUGUCACGUAGCCGAGAGCUGGGCUGGCGCAGAGGCUCAGCAGAUGUGUAGGAGGCUUGGGUGUUCAAAGCUCACAGCCCACUCCUCAAGACACAGAUGAAGCCAGCCUCUCCCCCGCUUCCUUUGCCUCCCCUCCCACCCCACACGUGGGUCUGUUCAGACAGGAGGAAGGGCACUCAGCACCUGGGUAGUGUUUCCCAGGAGCAGCUGGUCUUGAACUCCAAGGUUGGAUAGUCCUCGUGGGGCUGCAAACCGGGGGGUCGCAUAACUAUCUGGGCUUUUACAGGUUGAGUGGUCUGGGGUCAGUUGGUUUGUGGCUCUCUGGGUGGCCAUCAUGCAGUAUAGUGCUCACAAGACCCGCAGCAGAAGGGCCAAGUGUCAGCUCCCGGCCUUCUUCACUAGCCUCUGUUCCUGCCCCCAACACGCCUGGUUUGAGGCCAUCAGUCACCCACUGCCUGAGAUCACUCUCUCCACAUGAAAUUCUCAGAAGGGUUGAUUCUGUGCAUCAGUGAGCCUUCUGUCAUUUGCUGGGACAGUCACUUGAGAUGUCCUCACUGGAUGGAGGAGCAGGCAUUACCAUGGAGUCCCCUGUGGGCCCAGCAGUCCCAGGGAGCCCGCCGAGGGCUGCCCGGGGCUGGUGCUUGGAUAUGGGGAGCCAUCCUGGCUGCUGUUUGACUUAGCAGCGCUCAGCAGUUGUCCUUCUCCUCCGAGACACAGCUCCUCCCGGACGUCCGUGCCUUAGGAGGGGCAGGCGUAGAGGGGGCUCCAGAGGCCAAAGGGAGCAGGACUCCAGGCAAGAGGCCAACUCCACGCUCCCCAGCUCUCCCGUCCCAGCAGCCUCGUGCCCAGGCUGGGCACGAUGGCAGGGGUACCGCCAUGCUUCCUAGCUUGUUGAGACAGAAUCCAAACUGUGGAAGAAGUGGGUCCUGACCUGGCUCCUUAAACCCUAUUUCUUCGUAAAUGGAUAUUUAAAUAGCCUGUGGUGUCGGAGACUUUGUUAGGAAAUUUCUACCCAUUUUAAUGCUGCCUCAGAUACAUAGUUCCUCUUUGAGGAAAGUAAAAUUGAUGGAAUGACUAAGGGGACAUUGGAUAAGGAGACCAAAAGCCAUCCCAGUUCCUUGAACCAGUGCGGUUGGAAGGCAAGCUGGCCAGCGACCCCAGCCCCAGACUGUGCUGCGCCUGGUGGGUGCCCACCUCAGUGUCGAGAAGGCUCCAGGGCCACUUCAUUCUCAAGUGUCACCUGUGCCUCAGAAGAUUGUAGUAGCUGCUUGGUGCACUCCUGAAAACAGAAGAUCUGUUCCUCACUGUGUAAACACUUGGCCACCAGUGUGUACAGAUCUGUAAUCUGGUUCCCAUAUCAGAGUCGUCUCUUCUUCCUGUGGAAUAAAAUGCGUUGUUGACUU